UAGUUCUAACAUAGUUCAAAAAACAACUGUAAUAUAAUUGGAUAAUGAAAACUAUAGUGGUUAUGGCAAUCUAAGGUUAGAUAUUUCUAAUUUUGCCAUUCUAACGCUGGUGUACAGAAAUAUUUACUGGGGUCAAGUUUUGCGACGACAGCUGAACUAAAGAAAAUUUCUGUAUACACUCCUUUGGCGGUAGAUCCUACCAUAGCCAAGAUCUAGUUACUAAAAGCUUAUUCUGUUGACAUAUCUUAAUAGAUACAAUAGCAAUUGGAAAGGUCAUCGUUAAUCUGGUGACAAUACCAGACUGGUUUCAAUAACGUGUUCAUAUUUAAUCGUUUCCUGUUCAUCAAAGUUCACUAAUACAAGAUCAAUUAUCUUUGCAGUCAACCACAAACAAUACCACUAUUAUGUAUGUCGGGUCAGAUCCUGGGCGUCAUCAACGUGAUGAUUAUCAUCGACCUCAACAACCUAUCCCAUUAAGUCGAAAACCAUCUGCUGCUUCUGAACCGCCGCUUAAAUUCAAUAAUUGUGUUUAUUUCAGUAAUUGGUCAAUUUACGAUAGGAAACAUUUUGCAACUGAUCUUCCAUUUAAUAGUAUUACUCACGUAUUCUAUGCAUUUAUGAAGAUCAAUGCUGAUACAGGUCUGGUUGAACUUAGUGAUUCAUGGGCUGAUAAAGAAAUUCCUUUGCCAUCUGUAUUAAUCCCUCAAGGUAAAGCUAAAGGAUCAUUACUCCAAUUUCUUCAAUUAAAAACAAAAUAUCGUCAUGUUAACGUUAUCAUGUCAGUUGGAGGUUGGGGAACUCAUGAAUUAUUUGAAAGUUUAGUAGGUAAUCCAGUAAAGUUGGAAAAAUUUGUUACUAGUUGUAUGAAAUUUGUUAUGGGAUAUGGAUUUGAUGGAAUUGAUAUUGAUUGGGAAUAUCCUAAAACUGAAGCUCAUGCUGAAACUUUAUUAUUGAUAAUUCAAAAGUUAUAUGAUAGAAUCACAAAUAUAUGUCAAGAUUCUGGUUCACCACCUUUAUCAAUCUCCAUUGCUGCUCCUGGUGGGAGUGAAAAUAUUAAAGUAUUGAAACUUGAAAAAAUGGCUGAAUAUUUAUCAUUUUGGAAUGUCAUGUGUUAUGAUUUCAAUGGUGAAGGAUGGUCUGAAAAGACGGGUUAUCAAUCCAAUUUAUAUGGAUUUAGUGGAUGUAAUAAUAUGAAUGUGGAUAAUGUAAUUAGACAAUAUCUUGAUGCUGGAAUUUCACCUCGAAAAUUACAUUUAGGAAUGCCCUUAUAUGGAAGAGUAUUUCAUGGAGUUAAAAAUCCACUUCUUGGUAAUUCAUUCACUAAACAAAAAGUAAAAGGGUGUGUGGAACAAGAUACGGUUGAUUUCAAUAAAUUACCAAUUGGAAUUGAAACAUAUUAUCCUUUAAUUGGUGCUGUUUCUUGUUAUGAUUCUAGACUUAAACAAUUGAUAGUUUAUGAUAAUAAGCAAACAAUUAGUAUGAAAGCAAAUUAUACAAAAAGAAAUAAUUUAGGUGGUGGUAUGUGGUGGGACUCAGCGGGUGAUAAAAAGGGUGAAGAUUCAUUAAUCAAAUCAUAUUUACAUGAUUUGGGAGGUACAGUUGUAUUAAAUAAAGAAGAGAAUCACCCUGCUUCUUUUUAUAAAAGAAAGUAGGUUUAUGUUACAAUUUUGGAUUUAGAUUUGGAUUUGAAUAUUGGAUUUCAACUCGGUAUAUAUAUAUGAUUAAGGUUAUAUAAAAAGUAUAAAAUUGGG